AUGCUGGAUUGGAAAGAAUAUAUUGCGGCAGUUCUGCAAGACAGCAGCAUUGCGGAUAUUGCCAUAGUUGGAUGCACCCCCAAAAACAAAAGGAUUUGGGCAUGUAGGAACGGCGGUGUGUUGGGCCAGAUUACAUCCCAGGAGAUCGAAGUGAUCAUCGACAAAGACAGAAAGUCGAUCCUCCAAAACGGGAUCACCAUCAGUGGAAAGAAGUAUUCCAUCAUCCGUGACAACAUGCUGCUGGAGAAGAAUCCCUCGAUGGAUGUCAGGACACUGGGCGAUGAAGGAAGGAGCAUCUGUAUUGGGAAAUCUUCCAAAGCUUUGAUGUUUCUGAUGGGGCAGAAGGGAGUUCAUGGAGGAGUUGUCAACAAAAAGAUGCAUGACUUAGUGGAUUCUCUAAACAGAAAUGGCAACAUCUAA